AUGGGUCGUUGUGCAGCUUGCAAGUAUUUGAGAAGAAGAUGCCCCUCAGAUUGCAUUUUCUCUCCUUAUUUCCCUUCCAAUGACCCUCAAAGAUUUGCUAUCCUUCACAAAAUCUAUGGUGCUAGCAAUGUUGGAAAGAUGCUCCAGGGUGUACAGUAUCCAAGGUUAGGAGUUCGAAUCAAUCAAUCGAGAUAUUUUCUUACAAAAUCUUGGUUUCAUCAACUUCCAAGUCGUUAUCUACGAGCAGAGGCAGUGGAUUCUAUGUAUUCUGAGGCACAAUAUAGGAUUGAAGAUCCUGUGUACGGCUGUGUUGGAAUGAUCUCUGCGUUGCACCAACAACUACACAUUGCAGAAAGUGAACUCGCUAAAACCAGAGCGGAAAUUGCUUUGUUUAGUAACAACAAUACACAAGAAAAAUUCAAUCACAAAAACCUCUCGCUUGAAGAACAAACCAAUGUUGGAUGA